CUCAGCAGUAGCAGAACUGCGCGCGGCACAGUAUGAGGUUACACUGAGGACUAGUGAUAUCGGAGGCCGUUAUGAGUGGGAAGAGCCUCUUACUAAAGGUCAUUCUCUUGGGAGACGGCGGCGUGGGGAAAAGCUCCCUCAUGAACCGCUACGUGACCGACCGCUUCGACUUGCAGUCAUUCCACACCAUCGGCGUGGAAUUCCUCAACCGCGACCUCGAAAUUGACGGUCGACUUGUCACCCUCCAGAUCUGGGACACUGCAGGCCAGGAACGCUUCAAGAGCCUGCGUACACCCUUCUACCGUGGCGCAGACUGCUGCCUGCUCACGUUUGCCGUGGAUGACCUGCAGAGCUUCCAAAACCUAGGCUGCUGGAAGAAGGAGUUCAUGUAUUACUCAGACAUACGAGACCCGGAGCGUUUUCCCUUCGUGGUGCUCGGAAACAAGGUGGACAAGGAAGAUCGCGAAGUUGGCGAGGACGAAGCCAGGGCUUGGUGUGAGGAAAACGGCUGCUGCCCGUACUUUGAGACCAGCGCAAAGGACGACACCAAUGUGGGGGCCGCUUUUGAGGCGGCAGUUCAGGAAGUUCUAGCCGGGGAGGACCCAAUUGAUCACACCCUGCUGAGUAGCACCAUUGAUCUCCAUGGAAACCGCAAAGUGGCUCGAUCUUCUUGCUGUUGAGGUGCCUCCAAAUUGGUCCUGGCCUUGUGGCGUCAUAGCUAAGUACUUGCGCUCUCUUGCUGGUAUGCUUGAGGGCUUUCUGUGUGGUACAGGCACAAUUGUAAUCAGAUGUGUCUCUUUGACAAACUGGCUACAUGUGUAACAGAAUAAUGGUCUUAUGUAACAGUAAAGAUAUUUUAUAAAUAUUUAUCUCUCCACAGUCUGGCACAAACAGCAUAUUCCAUGCUGAUUUCCCUGCCAAAGUCUGCUUGUGUAGUGGUGCUUUUAUAAUAUUAUUUAAUGAUGGCUUCAUGUCCUGGAGAUCUCCACCGGCUCUGAUCUCCAAGAGCGCACACAGCGCUGAUCUAGCCUCUCUCGCAGCAUUUUACUUUUUUAAAUAAUUUGAUGUUAUCGUGGUACACCUUUUUGUCUGAUAUUCCAAUAUACUGUACAUAACCCAAGAUUGGCAUAUUACAGAGCCCCUUACAGGACAGGAAGGAUAUUUAUGUUCUGAAAUUGUUUUGCGUUACUUUGCAGUUAUUUUGGGUUCCCUUGCAAUAGUUUUAUCAAUCCUUUGCAAAAAUGUACUAUAGUUUACUACAUUAACCAUUUUGUACCAUUUAUAUUUCUAGUAAAACCAUAGAAAACAAAAACUAUGGUAAUUAACGUCGUAAUCAUUCUGCCAAAAAACAUGGUUACUAUGGUAUGGUAUGUGUACCACUGAUUAACCUUGGUGUUACUAUAGUAAAACUGUAGUACAAAUUCUUUAUUUAUUUUGGCAGAAUGAUUAUAAUUUCAAUUUGUAUUAUUACUAUGGUUUUACAGCAAAUAUCUUGGUUAAAAUGUGGUUACUGAAGUAAAACCAUGGUAAAUUUGGUAAGGUAUUAAAUACCUUUAUAAGGUUGAAAGCUAUUGGGAGGAAACCCAAACUAUUAAAAGGGAACGUUAAACUAUUUCACAAAAUAAAUUCCUUCCCUGUCCUCUAAGGGGCUUCAAAGAGCAAACUCAAAAUUAUUUCAAGAUUUAAGCAUUUUAAAGGUGCACUCAGUCAUUUUUUUACUAAUUUUAAAAGGUUUACUUCUAAAGAAAUUAAUAGUAUUUUUUAUACAAUUGUACAAAAUCAUGACCACUCAUGUGAGAUGAAGAGUUAUAGUCAUAUCAGUAACCUUAUUAAAGCUCUGUUAUUCUACAUGGGGCAAGGGUGCCCUCAUGGUGGCUGCCAUGUUAGCGUCACAUGACCAGCUGACUACUACUGGCUUUAUCUCAGUAACUGCCCUGUUAUUGGACACCUUCAUUCAUGGAUUAAAUAAAUCCUGGUUUACUGUGCAUAGUCAAUUUCUACAAUGGUAUUGGUAACUAAAAACUACUGUGUUGGAAUGACGCAGCAUUCAGGCCACUAGGUGUCAGUGUAAGACAUACUUCGACAGUUCAAAAAAUGAGAGUGCACCUUUAAAUUUUUUUAACAAAAGUCCAUCAAGUUGAAUUGAGUAAUCUUUAAUAAAACAAAUUAAAAAAAAAUAUUUAUAUUUUGUUUUAUGAAUAAUUUUUUAAAAAUAUUAAACAAUUUAAUUUGAUGGAAUUCUAUGAAAUUGAAAUGCAUAAAUCGUAAAAAUAAGCUAAAAUAUUUUUGAGUGCAAAUUGUUAGUCAGUGCUAUAUUAUACAAUUGUUGUUUGAAAGGUUAUUUCUUCUAUUGUGGUACUGAAAUAAUUUGAAAGAUGCAUUAAAAAAAAGUAUUCUUUGGACGAAUCUCACGAAACCUGUCAAGCAAAUAUCCAGGUCAAAUAUCACUCCAAAAUCACAAGAAAUAAAAAAUGAUUAUUUUGCAUAAAGAAAAAUAAUUCAUUUUAGGAUCUUUUAGGACACAUGACAAAUAAACACAAUUCCUUCCAAAUUUGCAUUUCUGUAACUUGAAACAAAAUAGUAUUUUAUUGUUUAAACUGUGAAGUAUUUAUACAUCAUUGUAGUAUUCUUUGUACUGAAUUUAAAUUAUUAUGAUUUUAUUUUAUUUAUUUUUUCCGUUAAAAUAACACACAAUUAAAAAAAUUAUUUAUGGUCCUAAAAAUAGGCUUCAUUCUCUUCAUGCAAAAUAUAAUUUCUUAUUUUCUCCUUUUAAUUUUUUUGGGGUGAAAUAUAAACUGGUCAUCUCUUCAUGAGAUUCACCCUGUUACGGUACACCUUUUUGUCUGUUAUUUUAAAAUACAUCCAACUACAUUAGCAUAUUGCUAACAAAUAAUUUGAUGUACAUCAGUAGAGCAUUAUUUUUACAGAAAAAGGAACAUUUUCCUGUUGUGGUAUCGAAAAAUAAUUGUUUGUUAUUUUAAAGUUAUUCUUAUUUUGUGACACAAGAAAGGAGAGUUUGUUAGAUCUCAUUGAUGUAGUUUUUGUUUCAGAUAUAUUUGUUUCAGUUUUCGGGUAUGUUAUGUCUUUAUUUCAGCAGUUUUACAUGCAUCAAAAUGCUUGUUGAAUUUUGGUGGCCGUGCUCUGUGUCAAAUGAUGUGAGUGUGUGUGUGUGUGUGUGUGUGUGUGUGUUUGUGUUUGUGAUUGUGAGUGGGCUAGUUACAUUCUCUAGCACAUCUUUCUCACUGAAUGCUCUCAAAAACAUGACUUGCACAAAUGCACAGUUCCUCUCCUGAAAGCAUGCAAGACCAUUUAAAUGUUCAUUACUGAGUUUGGAAAUGUCUAUAUUUAAUGUUGGAGCCUUUUGGAAGUCUUCAAAAUACAUAAUGAGAUUUGUGUCUGCCAACAACUUGUCUGUUUGAGCAUUCUAGCCUAAAAUGUAUGCUAAUUUACAUUCAUUCUUCUUUUUAUAUUUGGCCCAUUGUAUGAUACCAAAGCACAUGGUACUACUGAGGACCUUGAACUGACCUUUAACCUUUCUUAGAGUAAAAGGUAUUAGUGAAUAGCUUUUUCUUGAGUGCCUAAGUCAAGGUUGUGUUUAAAGGUACUCGACUUACUUGUCACUUAUUGUUCUUAAAGGAAUAGUUCACUCAAAAAUGACAACACUGUCAUCAUUUACUCACCCUCCUCAAUAAUGUUCCAAACCAACAUAUCUUUCUUCUGUGGAACGAGCUGUCUAAGCUGCUCUUUUCCAUGCAAUGAAAUGGACACCUUUGAGCAAAAGUUUGGCAAAUCUUAAUAUGUGUUCUGCAGAAGCAAGAAAGCCAUACACAUCUAGGAUGAACUGAGUCAUGAGUAAAUGAUGAGAGAAUUAACAUUUUAGGGUGAACAGUAUGUCAUUGCUCAGCUGUUUUGAACUGCUUUUUGGCUCUCAGCGAAGAACGAAGAAGCACUUCGUUGUGAGUGUGCUACAUUAUAGCACUUACUAGCGCUGCCUGCAUUUAAAUGUAACGUGUAUCUGAUGUUUCAUUCAAGUUGGAUUUCUUACUACCUGCCUUCUUAAAAUUAUUUGUUUUCAUGCUGUAUGUACACAUGUAAAACAUAGCUUGGUUGUUACUUUGUGUUUGUUGAUUGAUAUGCUUGCAUACUGUACUUGCUGCAUACACGUAAGGUGUCACAUGUUUAUUGGUACACUGUGAAAUGGCUACAGAUGAAACACUGUGUGUCUUGUUCUCAAAUUGUAGAACCAUACAGGUAAAUAUUCAUUCCUAAUAUUGGAAAAUCAAGUGAAUUAAAUUAAGAGAAAUGUUACAUGAUCAGAUUUUUGUUACAUUGUUGAAAAGAUUCUCUUUAUCAAAUCAGACAUUCAUGCAGCAGUUAUGAUGUGUGACAGUGUUACAGAAGUCUUUUGAGAAGUCUGAUUAGCAACAAGUUGAUACAUUUAAAAAAACAUUUAUACAUCAUGAUAUUGUUUCUUGUAAUUACUUUAAUUCAAGCUAAUUUUUAUUUAAAAAGCACAUUGCUAAUAAUCAUAAUUGCAAAAAUGCUCAAAAGAUACAAUAAUGAGAAUUUGAGUGCGAUGUCAUGAAAAUGUUACAA